CGGAACCCGGAGCGUGAAUGUAUCUCCGUCCAUAUUGGCCAGGCUGGUGUCCAGAUGGGAAAUGCCUGUUGGGAGUUGUACUGUUUGGAACAUGGUAUCCAGCCUGAUGGCCAGAUGCCAUCAGAUAAAACUAUUGGAGGUGGAGAUGAUUCCUUCAACACAUUCUUCAGUGAGACCGGUGCUGGUAAACAUGUACCAAGAGCUGUGUUUGUUGACUUGGAACCAACAGUUGUAGAUGAAGUAAGAACUGGUACAUACCGACAACUCUUCCAUCCUGAACAACUCAUCACUGGUAAAGAAGAUGCCGCUAAUAACUACGCCAGAGGUCAUUACACAGUGGGUAAAGAAAUCAUUGAUUUGGUUCUCGACAGAAUCAGGAAGUUGGCUGAUCAAUGUACCGGUCUGCAAGGAUUUCUUAUCUUCCACAGUUUUGGUGGAGGAACCGGCUCUGGUUUCUCUUCCCUUCUGAUGGAAAGAUUGAGUGUCGAUUAUGGCAAGAAAUCCAAGCUUGAAUUCGCCAUUUACCCAGCUCCCCAGAUCUCCACUGCUGUGGUUGAACCCUACAACUCUAUCUUGACUACUCAUACCACCUUAGAACAUUCUGAUUGUGCCUUCAUGGUGGACAAUGAAGCUAUUUAUGACAUCUGUCGUCGUAACCUGGAUAUUGAAAGACCAACCUAUACCAACUUAAACAGAUUAAUUGGUCAAAUUGUCAGCUCAAUCACAGCUUCUCUAAGAUUUGAUGGUGCCCUCAACGUCGAUCUGACCGAGUUCCAGACCAACUUGGUACCCUACCCCCGUAUCCAUUUCCCCCUAGCUACAUAUGCUCCAGUCAUCUCUGCUGAAAAGGCCUACCAUGAACAACUGACUGUUGCUGAAAUCACCAAUGCAUGUUUUGAACCCGCCAACCAGAUGGUAAAAUGUGAUCCUCGACACGGCAAGUACAUGUCAUGCUGUAUGUUGUACAGAGGUGAUGUUGUUCCCAAGGAUGUCAACGCUGCUAUCGCUACCAUCAAGACCAAGAGAACCAUCCAAUUCGUUGACUGGUGCCCAACUGGUUUUAAAGUCGGUAUCAACUACCAACCACCAACUGUUGUACCAGGAGGUGAUUUAGCCAAGGUACAGAGAGCUGUCUGUAUGUUGAGUAACACGACUGCUAUUGCUGAAGCCUGGGCUCGUCUUGAUCAUAAGUUUGAUCUUAUGUACGCUAAGAGAGCAUUUGUCCACUGGUAUGUUGGUGAAGGUAUGGAAGAGGGUGAAUUCUCUGAAGCCAGGGAGGAUUUAGCUGCCUUGGAGAAGGAUUAUGAAGAGGUUGGUGUUGAUUCUGUUGAAGGUGAAGGAGAAGAAGAAGGGGGAGAGGAAUAUUAGAUGUCUACAAACAAUCUAGUUAUUUAUUCAUCUGAAUAAAAUACACUAUUACUUGACUUAAUUUUUGAUCGAAAUUUCAUUAUUUAAUUUUGUGUUAUGAUUAAAAUAGCCUUACGACCUACAUCCCCUCAAAAAUAAAUCUUGACUGAAGUCGCUGUAAAUGUUAUGAAUAUAAUUAUGUCCAAGGAGUGCACAAAUAUAUUCUUUAAUUACCCUCGAUGCUCUUUAUUUAUAAUGGCUGAGAUGUAACGUCUGAAUCAUGCGC